GGGUGGGGGUGGGGGGGGCUGGACAGUCUAUUUCGUGGUGGUGCUCCUGUAAAAUGGACCAGGACUACGAGAGAAGGCUGUUGAGACAAAUUAAUCAUCAGAACCUGCCGGAGGGACAACUGUCUAAGUCUGUGGGUGCCACCUGCAGUCCUGUCAGUGUGAAGUCUGGAGACCGAUUCAUUCCUACCCGCGCUGGAAGCAACUGGAGUAUCAACUUCCACUACGCCAAUGAGAACUGUCAAUCUCCCAACCAAAACCACAGGUCCAAGGAUGCAGGGUCAGACAAUGGGAAAGACGCUGUGGCAUAUGCUGCCCUGCUGAGGAAUGAGCUGUUGGGGGCAGGGAUAGAGAGUGUUCCAGACCCCAACACUGAUGACCACCGCCACACCGUCCCCUCCCAGGAAACACACAGCCUCUUCAGGUACACAGUCCACACUAAGAGAGUGCCUUUGGACAGUGGCAGUGAGGUGUCGCCGUACUCCCUCUCCCCACUCAGCAACAAGAGUCACAAGCUCCUGCGAUCCCCUCGGAAGCCGGCCCGUAAGAUCUCCAAGAUCCCGUUCAAGGUGCUGGACGCCCCUGAGCUGCAGGAUGAUUUCUAUCUCAACCUGGUGGACUGGUCGGCUGGCAACCUGCUAUCCGUGGGCCUGGGGGCCUGUGUGUACCUGUGGAGCGCCUGCACCAGUCAGGUGACAAGACUCUGUGACCUGUCAGUGGAUGGGGACUCUGUGACGUCCGUGUGUUGGAACGAAAGGGGAAGCCUAGUUGCCGUGGGAACCCAUAAGGGCUACGUUCAAAUCUGGGACGCAGCGGGCGGGAGGAAGUUGACCAGUCUGGAAGGCCACUCUGCCCGCGUCGGAGCGCUGGCUUGGAAUGGGGAGCAGCUUUCCUCAGGCAGCAGGGACCGUGUGAUCCUCCAGAGGGAUGUCCGCACCCCUCCAUCUGCUGAGAGGAGGCUCCAGGGACACAGGCAGGAGGUCUGUGGCCUGAAGUGGUCGCCGGACCACCAGCACCUGGCCUCCGGGGGCAAUGACAACAAGCUGCUGGUCUGGAACAGCUCCAGCCUGCUCCCGGUGCAGCAGUACAGUGACCAUCUGGCUGCGGUAAAGGCCAUAGCCUGGUCACCCCACCAGCACGGACUGCUGGUGUCUGGUGGAGGCACGGCCGACCGCUGCCUGCGCUUCUGGAACACCCUGACGGGCCAGGCCCUGCAGAGCACCGACACAGGCUCACAAGUCUGCAACCUGGCCUGGUCCAAACACGCCAAUGAACUGGUGAGCACCCAUGGCUACUCUCAGAACCAGAUCCUGGUGUGGAAGUACCCCUCUCUGACCCAGGUGGCCAAGCUGACGGGACACUCCUACAGAGUUCUUUACCUGGCUGUGUCACCAGAUGGAGAGGCCAUUGUGACGGGGGCGGGAGAUGAGACUCUACGUUUCUGGAAUGUUUUCAGUAAGACGCGCUGCACCAAGGAGUCCAAGUCUGUGUUAAAUCUCUUCACCAGGAUACGAUAGUGAAACAAGGGGUAAGGACUUAAGUAGGGGGGGGUUUAGGGAGGGAAGACAUCUUCCUGGCCCCACAAACCCUGCAUUGACCCCCUUGUAUCACUUCUCUGUCAGCACAGCAUCGGCCAUCAAUAAAUACUUUUCAGUUUCAGCCCCACCUUUUCUACUGAGGAUAGCUCUAACCACCUACAGCCUGUGAGCGGCUGUCAUUGAUUUCGGAACAAACAUGACCGAGGGCUUGUUGUCUACGUACGUCUGUCCCUUGUAUCUGUUGUGGAUGACCCGACAUGUUUUAUGAGUUAUUAUAGAUCUUUUUUUUCUCCAACUGUGUGACUUGACCAGGGCCCAGAGUUUUACCGAUGGGGACACAUGGUUGGGAAGGCACUACAUAUUCUGUAUUCUGUUAGCAGAGAUAGUUAGAUGUUAAGUUUAUCGAGGAAAGAUUUUACACAUUUCCAUCAUGUUGUAUGGUUUCUCAGCCUCUCCAACUUACAAAGACUGAGUGACUGCAGAUGUCUAUAUUUUGAUAAUCUGUAAAUGAGUUAUCAUACAAUCUAACAGAAUGUCAUAAUAAAUAAGUACACCAAUAGUCA